AUGCCAGUCAAAGAAUCAUACGUCCAAGGACUCAUCCAACUUCAGCUCAAUGGCGAUUGGCCAACGUUGAUGACCUACAUGCGAGACGACAUAGAAUGGAUGGUGAUCAAUCCGUUGGUCAAGUCUACUCCUCUUUCUGGACUAUUUCACGGAAAAGAGGAAUACGGUAAAACAUUGACACCUCUCUUUUCAACAUUUGAAGAUCGUAUCAACUUUACUCUAGAGCGAUUGACCGUGGUGGGUAAUUUGGCAGUGGCUGAGAUGAAAGGUCAGGCCGUAGGGGCGAAAGAUAAGAAGGAAUUUGUUGGAUUCUGGUGUAAUAUAUUUGAAUUUGAAGAUGACAAUGAUGAGAAUCCAAAGAUCAAAGGUAUCAAGGAAUAUUUGGAUUCAGCUUUGAUCAAGGAAUUCAUCGAGAACAAUCUUUAA